CGUGCAAGACACUCGAUUACUCAUUCUGUCCAGGUACAGCGGAAGCCAACAGACUGAGGCGCUCCGCUCCUGCUAUUCUUCAGUGUGUGAGUGUGUGUGUGUGUGUGUGUGUGUGUGUGAACCCUUCGUGCCAGAUCAUCGAAUCGGUUUAUUGCAAGCAACAUUAUCGUGCCUCUUGCAGCAACUGCGGUUGCAUCAAAGGCUUUGCCUCAUUGGGAAUUAUAGGAAUAGACUGACGUGCACCAUCAUAUCGUCAGAUGUUUUUGACGAUCGGCUCAAAGAGAACGGUUCGUCGGGUGCGCUCGUGAGGGGAAAUGAUGCAGUGAGGACGGGCUGCUUUGAGGUCUUCUUAUCUUUCGAGCUCCAUCGCAUCCAUCUCGAUCGGGAGAGCUGUACAUAUUUCUCGCAGAAAAACAAUAAUGGCUACUCUUUUGCGAAAAAUCGGGCUAAUUCGUCUGCACGACCGAGACACGGAGGACCCGAAGCAUCACCACCAGGGCUCGUUGAAAGGGACUAAAGGGAACCAGAAAAACAACAACACUAAGCACUGCAACACCAGCAACGAGACCAACAACAUCCUCAGCACGCCAGAAAUCAAAGCCAAGCGCUUCGACGUGUCCGGAAAGGACAAGCCAGUCGCCAAACAGGACAAACCGAGCAAGGACACGAAGGAGAAGCAGCAAACGGGGGGUAGCAAGUCGACGAGCGCAUCCGUGGUGCCUCCGCUGGCGGCGACCCGACAGCACUGCACCCAGGUGCGGACGCGGAGACUGAUGAAGGAGCUGCAGGACAUCCGGCGGCUCGGCGAUAACUUUAUAACGGUGGAGCUGGCGGACGAUAACCUGUUUGACUGGAACGUCAAGCUGCACCAGGUGGACAAGGACUCCGCGCUGUGGCAGGACAUGAAGGAGACCAACACCGAGUACAUACUGCUGAACGUCACCUUCCCCGACAAUUUCCCCUUCUCUCCGCCGUUCAUGCGCGUGCUCACGCCGCGGCUGGAGAACGGAUACGUGCUGGACGGUGGCGCGAUCUGCAUGGAGUUAUUAACGCCCCGCGGCUGGUCUAGCGCCUAUACCGUCGAGGCCGUGAUGAGGCAGUUCGCUGCCAGUCUGGUGAAAGGACAGGGUCGCAUCUGCAGGAAAGCAGGCAAGUCAAAGAAGGCCUUUAGUCGCAAGGAAGCCGAGGCUACCUUCAAGAGCCUUGUGAAGACCCAUGAGAAGUACGGCUGGGUUUCCCCUCCCGUGUCUGACGGCUGAUGUCAGUGUCUUCGACCUAGCGAUCCUGACAUGGCUUUUUCAGUUGGGUUUUUCUUCAUUCUUCAUCAUCAAACUUAACUGUGAAAAAAGGCUACUGCAUCAAAUUUUACACAUCUUCAUCAAUGUGGCACUUUCACCGUCCCAUCCACUCAAUCCUGUUUCACUCUUCAUCGAGGUGCCAUGGACUGAACACUGGCUGUGACAUCACAAUUACUCAUGAGUGGGCAUCAUUACAGCUACAUACAGCAAAGGACUUUUGAUACAAAUGAGGCUAAGUUAAAUGUGAACCAACAAACCACAACCUUACUGUAUUUCCCUUUCUAUCUGUCUGUGUGCCCCUCCAUCACUCUCUUUCUUUUUAUUGGCUGACAAUGCAUUGCACUGAACAGCAUCAGACUUGCCCCAUUUACAUGUAAAUGACUUUGUUAAUACUUAAUAGAUAGGCAGGUCAUUACACUACAUUUGAGGUUCAUUUUUUCUUGUUUCCUCCUCAUUGGCUGUGCUGUUUUUCACGGUUGGAUGCAAAAUGAUGAUUGUAAUUUAUGUAGAGCUGUGCUCUUCUCUAUUCAUUCUCUCUCUCUCUGUUCCACUUUGCGCAUGGCAAACUUUAGACAUCACUGUGUUGCGUAAAUGGUCAUUGAUUUCCAAUGGAGAAAAAAUACUCUUGUUGCUUACGCAGAGGUCCAGAGAUAAAAAAUAAAAUAAAAAAUAAAAAAAACGUGUUACUGAAUCACCUCUGUUGGUCAUUAUAUCAUUUGUUUUUGGAGAAGACCAAAAUCUCUUAAAGAAAUUGUUAACCCAAAAAUGAAAAUUUCAUUAUAAUUUGCUAACCGUCAUGUCUUUUGAAACCCGGAUGGCUUUCUUUUUUCUGUGGAACACAGAAUGUGUUAUUUAUAGCUGAAUGUCCAAGACGCUGUUUUCCAUACAAUGAAAGUGAAUGGUGACAAUGACUGUCAAGCAAGAUUUUCAGUGAAUAAUGACUUGAAUUUCAGUCUGUUCCUCACACAAAGCUGUUGUAUGGUUUCAGAUGACUUGUAAUAUAUUGCAUGACUUAUAUGGACUAUUUUUAUUAUGCUUUUAUGGUGCUUUGUUUAGGAGCUCGGCAGCCCCUAGUCACCAUUCAUUUUCAUUGAAUGGAAAAGAGCAGCUUGGACAUUCUCCUAAACUUCUCUUUAGGUGUUCCACAGAAGAAUGAUAGUCAUGUAAGAAUGAAAGUUUGUAAAGACGUGAGGGUGGAUAAAUGACAGAAUUUUCAUUUUUGGGUGAACUAUCCCUUUAAUUCUGAUGAUUUAGAUAACCAGAUGGCAUUAACAAAUGUCAAUGUCCCAAUGGGAUUGUUGCAUAUUGGUGAACGAGAGGCUUGUGUAGCAUGUGACAGACAUGGUGAUGUUUGCCCAUGUGGUUUAUGUGAAAUCUUGAGUAUCCAUCAUGGCAUCGGACCCAUGGAGUCCUAAAUAUCAGAACAAAGCUGAGAAAUGAGUGGACUGAACUCAUGUUAAAACCAGCUUGUAACUUGGCACUGUUACAUGCCGAUGCCUCAAACACUAUCAACAUUAAUUGUGCUGAUUUUCUUGUGCUACUUUGGCUCACAGCAGUACACUGUGUACCUGGUACCACUGCUGUCGAUAAGAACCAGUGAAGAAGGACAGAAGAAGAGAGAGAGGGAGAUGCUGAGCGGGCAACUCCUUUGUUCAGCAGCCUUGUGAAAUGAGGGGGGCUUGUUUAGUUGACUGAUUGAUGCUCUGAAAGAGCCACAGCUCGAUGCCUUGCUGUUUAUUGACUUCUCCUUCAAAUGUCAGUGUGAAGUCAGAAUGUCACAAGACUGCAUCUGAAGCGAGCAUUGAAAUGCUCUGUUUAUUUAAGGCCCCGCCCUACCAACGGCAGUCUCCGCACAGUGUCUGAAAUACAAAUGACGUGCUGGUUUAAAAGGGAAGAUCGUUUCUGUGUUGUAAACAUAAUGGGUGUUUAUCAUUUACUCACCCUUUUGUCGUUCCCAACCCAUAUGACAACUUUCUUUUUUUUUUCUUCUGUAGAACACAAAAGAAAAAAUGUUGAUGAAUGUAUUGGCCAUUUUGUUUUUUUUUUGUUUUUUUUUGGAUAAUGGAGGUGAAUGGUGACUGGGGUUGUCAAGCUUCAAACUUACAAAAAAGCUCCUUAGAAGUAUCACAAAUGUAGUCCAUAUGACUUGUGCACUGUAUUCCAAGUGUUCUGAAGCCAUAUGAUUGUUUUGUGUGAGGAAUAGACCUUAAAGGAAAAUUCUGGGUUCAGUUCAAGUUAAGCUCAAUCGACAGCAUUUGUGGCAUAAUGUUGAUUACCACAAAAAAUAUUUUGACUCAUCCCUCCUUAAAAACAAAAAUCUGGGUUACAGUGAGGCACUUACAAUGGAAGUGAAUGGGGCCAAUUUUUGGAGGGUUUAAAGGCAGAAAUGUGAAGAUUAUAAUUUUAUAAAAAGCACUUAAAAGCAGCAUUAUUUCUUCUGUUAAAACUCAUGUAUUAUUUGAGCUGUAAAUUUGUUUAAAUCGUACAUUUUUACGGUCAUUUUAUGUUUUGUAUUGUUUACGGUGUUACGUCGUCGUGGCAACAAAGUUUUAAUAUUGGUAAAACUUAACACAUAAAAAAUUUGUAAUCAGUUUUAUCACACUUAAAUCACAUUAACAUGCAUAUUGUUUUUGUCCUGUGGCUAUACUUUUGGAACAGUGAGUAUUUUAACAUUUACGGAUUGGCCCCCAUUCACUUCCAUUGUAAGUGUCUCACUGUAACCUCGAUAUUUGCUUUUUUUUUUAAAGAAAAGGAGGAACGAGUUGAAAUGUAUUUAUCAUAAUUAACAUUAUGCCACAAAUGCUGUCGAUUGAGCUUAACUUGUAUUGAACCCAGAAUAGUUCUUUAAUUUAGGUCAUUAUUUGCUGAAAAUCAUGCUUUCCGCUGUCAGAGGCCAUACAAAUAUGGCUUCUUAGAGGCAACAAGUAAGGUUUGAUGUCAAAGGCAUUGUGAAUAAUGCAAGUCAUGUGACCAAUUAUAACACAGCUUGAAUAUGAAUAUGCAGAAGUGUGAAUUGUGGUCUUAGCUAUCGUAUGGCUUCAGAAGACUUGGAAUAAUCCACAUGAGUCGUAAGGACUACUUUUUAAGAAACUUUGAUGGUGCUUUUUAUCAUUUUGGAGCUUGACAGCCUAGAUCCCUAUUCACUUUCAGUAUAUGGAAAAGAACGAUCAGCAACAUUUCUUGUUUUGUGAUCUAUGAAAGAAAGAAAGCCAUUUGGGUUUAAACAGCAUGAGGGUGAGUAAAUAAUGAAACCAUUUUCAUUUCUGGGUGGACUAUUCCUUUAAAGUUAAAUUUUAAAGUUGGGAAAAACACACAUUUGCUUGUUAUAGUAUGCUGUUUCAUGUGAUAUACUGAAAAUAGUCUUCUCCAGACAUGGAAACAGCAAGUGCCAAAAGUUUAAUGUACAUUGUCACAGUUUCCUUGUGUGUUUUCCUCAGUGUAACAGCUGGUCUCAGUAGAAACUCUGUGUUAUCACUGAAGAUUUCAAAUGUCUCAUGAGAAGCUGCUGAUUAAAAUGGCAUUGAACAAACAUAAGGAAGAUACGGAUGUAUAAAUGAUAAAACUCAACAAAUGCUGAUGCCCUGAAGGAGGAUAGAGGGAAACAACACUGAGGUUAAUCCGCUAUCAAUGUAUUAUUUAUUUAUGUGUAAUAGCUUUUUGUGUUUAUAAUAUUAAGGUUAUCCAAUAAAAUGAAUGGUUGUUAAAUAAAAAAUAAAAAAAAUACACAUUAAUCACCAGAGAACUUAUACUUCGAACAUAAAUAAUGUUCGAUUCAAUGCAGCGAUUGUAAAAAAACAAAAAAAACAAAACAUGCAUAAACCCUUAUGGGUGGUUUAUUGCGGAUUUCUGUGUCUGGUUGCAGAUGGUGUCUCUCAUCACUACUGAAGUGCAUUUGGUCUUCUCCACACUCUGUUUGGACACUGAGAAGUGGUUCUGUGUUUUCCUACUUAGCACAUGGAGAUACUAUACCAAGGACUUAUUAUAACCAGUCAAAAAUAUCUCAGAAUUGGAUGUUUUGCAGUUUAAAGAGCAUACUUUUGUGAUAGAGUUUAGAUCUGUAGUUUGCAGAAACUAAGAGUUAAUCGUCCAAACGAGUGAGAUGAUUCUGUUGUAUUAUAUCUGCAUGUGGUCUGUGAUUGUUACCUAGCUAACUUGUUUUACACAAAAAAAGCAAGAAAUUAAUGAAAAAGAACAGCAGACGCUUCUUUGUAUUUUUUCUUUCUGUUUGUCCUGGUUUUCUUCAUUAAUGUCCUUAAAUGUCAAAUUGUGUUCUAUGAAUGUGUUUUAAUUUAUUCGUAGUUUGCCAAAAUGACGAUUUGAAGCAUGUUGCAGGCAUUGUCACUGAUGAAAAAAAAGAGAAAGCAAAAUAAAUGGAGAAAAAUAUAUAUAUAAUAUAUGUACCUGAAGUGAAAAGAGUCUGGUAUAUGUAGUGAACUCAGGCUUUCACAGGGUGAAAGGUAAAACUACGAGACAAUGUGUUUUCUGCCUAAACAUCAUGCCAGGAUGUGGUCCAGAGCAAAACCAAACAGGAAUGUGCAAUAAAGGCUGUAGGCUGAUUCCAGC